AUGGGAGCCGGUGUGUCCCCUCAGGAGAAGGAGCAGCAGCAGAGGCAGCUGGACCCGGCCGGCUCCCGGAGCUCCCAGCGGCCGUGUGACAGACGCCCCGGCCAGGACGAGGACCCCCUGAGGGCAGUGGAGGACGUGGUGCAGAGAGAGGAGGAGGUGCACAGACAGGCGCUGCUGGCGGAGCAGAGGAGAGAGGAGGAGAGACUCCUGCAGGAGGAGCGCCACCAAGAGGAGCUGGAGAGACUGAAGGCUGUGGAGGAGCGGGCGCGGAGGAGGAAGCUGCGUGAGGAGAGGGCGUGGCUGCUGUCUCAGGGGAAGGAUCUUCCUCCAGAGCUGCUCCACCUGGAGCAGCACUCCCCCGUCCGCCGCGCUCGCAGGACCAAAGAGUUUUAUGAAAUCGAUGACGACUACACUGCUUUGUACAAAGUGCUGGAGACCCUGAAGGCCCACAAGGAUGCCUGGCCGUUCCUGGAGCCGGUGGACGACUCCUACGCGCCCAACUACCAUGAUCUGAUCCAGACGCCUAUGGACCUGUCCACCAUCGAGAGGAAGCUGAACCAGGGGGACUACGUCGCCAAGGAGGAGUUUGUGGCCGACGUCAAGCUCAUGUUUGAGAACUGCAUGGAGUACAACGGAGAGGACAGUGAGUACACCAUCAUGGCCGAGUCCCUGGAGCGCUGCUUUAGCCGCGCGCUGCUCAAACACCUCCCCGCGGAGGACGCCGACACGGACGAGGAGUUCCACGUCAGCGGCGAGGAGCGCGAGCGCAAGGAGAAGAGGCGGAGCCGCGGCCAGAAACAGGCGGGGCCUGGGAGCCUGAUCAGGGCCACCGAACAGGCCCAGCAGCGCAAGAGGACGGCCCACGGGGGCAAGGGCAGCACCCCUGUGGAGGAGCAGGGGGGCAAGCCCGCCCACCUGCCCCCGCCCCCACACUGGGCCAGCGGGCCUCCUCACCCCCAUGGCUUGCACCCUGGACAAGGGCACCCUGGACAAGGGCACCCUGGACAAGGGCACCCUGGACAAGGGCACCCUGGACAAGGGCACCCUGGACAAGGGCACCCUGGCAGCAACGUGAGGCCUGGGAUGUACCACCCUGGACACCAGCUUCAUCGGCCCCCUGGCCCCCCCAUGUAUGGCCAGAGGAUGCCUAUGGACCCUCGUUCCUCCUACCCUGGGCAGGGGCACACACCCCGGCCUGGGGAUCCCAGUGCACACUGCAUGCCCCCCGGCUACAACAUGCAGCAUCACAUGGUCGACAGCCAUCAUCACGUGGGCCCCAGGUACCAGAUGGGUCCAGAUCCCCGUCACCUCCAGCCCUCGCCCCAGCCUCCAUACAUGGGCCCAACCCACGGCCCCUCCCUGGGCCCCCGGCCCCUGGCCCUGCAGUCCGGGGGCCUCUGCACCCCCCCUCCGGAGGCGAGCAUGUACCCAUCUCGCCAGCGGCCCGAGGGCCACACAAUGCACCCCUUGGGGAACCGGUACCCGAGACCCGAGGGCCUGGGUCGCCAUGGUUACCCCAGCUACUGCCCCCCUGGCAUGUGGCCCGGCAUGAACCACCAGGGCCCAGAGAGGCCUGCAGGGGGCCUUGGCAUGCAGGACCCCAGCAUGGGCAACCAGCUCCACUACAACCCCCACGGCCCCCCUCCUCCACACCACAUGCCCCCCAAGCCCUGGCCGGAGCAGGCCGCCCACCCAGGCUACCCUCCCCACAGCGCCCAGUACCGCAUGCCCACAUCCGUGAGCUCUCCCGGGCCCAUGGGCCCCCGGGCCCUCCUGGGGCCCCAGGACUCCUCCAGGCCUCGCCUGGCCUCCAUGCUGGAGAGCCCAGAGAUGCUGGCCCUGCAGCAGCUGUCAGCCUCCUCCAGACCCCCUGCUGCAACCCCUCCACAGCACAUGGGCAACUUUCAGCAGCAGCCGCCAGGGCCCCCACAGGGAGUUGGCAGCGCCCCAGCCUCUCACCCCGCCCCUCACCCCCCUGCUCACCCGGAGAUUCAGCUGCUGCGCCCUGCCAGAGACAAUGGGCCAGACAGCCAGCCUGCCACUCAGCCACACGCUACGCUGCCUAAAGGUUCGACGUUGGAUCCCAAGAUGGCCACCAACCAGGUGCCGCGUGUCUCCCGUGUCCAUGGCGACCAGGAGCGCCGCCCCGUCCCCAGCCCCUCUAGGCCCGGCGAGGGCUUGCAGAGCCCCCCCCCUCCAGCCCCCAGCUGGGACAGAGGAGCCCAGGAGAGCGGGAGCAGAGAGCCACUGUCUGAAGCACCAGGACACCCAGCGAUCUCCGAUGGCCACAGCCAGGAGAGGGAGACGAGCCGGGGCCAGGAUGCCCUCCAGGGCUCCCCCCAGCCGCAGAACCGGCCCACGCCGCCUCCAAACGGCUGUUCCACGGCUCCCGCACAUCCUAGCAACAACGGAGCCCCACAGGGCACGCGUCAUCCCCAGGAUGGCUCCCAGCAGCCUACCCAGAAUGCCCAGCAGCAGCCUGCUCCACAGCCUGGCUCCUCAGACAGCACAGCUCCCCCGAACGCCCAUCAACAAUUCUCCCGCAGCGCCCUGAAUCCCAACCUCCCCCCACAUCUCGCUCUGAACGUCCACCAGCCAAACCCUCAGCACCAGAACCAUCCCCUACAACAACUGGGCCACCAGCAGAACCCCCUCCAGCAAGGUCCUCCCCAGCCCGGCCCCAUGCACAGCAUGCCCCAGAGUGCUCCCCCACAGGGGCCUAAGCCCACACCCCCCCAGCCGGCCCCCCUCACCUCCCUGCCCCCCAGUCACCCCGCGCCUCAGAUGGCCCCCCAGCCCAGCCCGGCCGACCAGGGGGACCAGAAGCCCAGUGAGCCCACCGGCAGAGGCGAUCCUGGGGGAAGAGGAGGAGGCAGCUCUGGUCCGCAGCAGCACAGCAACCCCGGCAUGGUGAAGACCGCAGCCCCCAACGGCAUCUACAGACAGCAGGCCUUCAGCCCCAAGCCUAACACCCAGUUAGGGGGCAGCGUGGCCAGGCAAGGGCCCGGGCCUAGGGGCCCGUCCCCGGGGCACAAUCCAGCUAUGCCCUCCCAAACCCAGGCACAGGAGAAUGGAGGCGUGGCCCAGUACGCCAGCCCUCCUCACGGUCAUUACAGCCAGCCAAUGGGCCGGCCCAUGCCUCCCUCUCAACGCCAGCCGUACCCGAACCAAACCAUGCACCAGGCCAUGGCCAGCCCGCACCACAGCCCAGCCCGCUACCACACCUACAGCCAGCAGGGGGCCGUGUUCCCCUACCACAUGGCUGGCCAGCAGCACCCGCAAGGCAGCCCCAACAUGUACCCUCCCCAGUACCAGCAGCAACACUUCUACUCCCAGGCUCAGGCCCAGGGCACCAGCCAGGUGGGGUACCCCUCCGACGAGUGGCACCGCCCCCAGUACCAGCCCCGCCACCCCAUGCCCUCCAACACCUACCUGCCCUCCGCCAACGGCCGCCUGAAGGAGAGCAGCGUGUCUCCUCUGGGCUCCGAGGGCUCCAGCGGCGGCCUGCUCUCCCCCAGCCCCCUGCCGGAGGUCCAACACGCGGGGGAGGGGCAGGACGGCGGGGCCGGGAGCCCCGCCAAGCUGGCCCGUCUGGAGGAGGGCACCGAGCGCCCGGAGAGCCCCAAGCAGAUCCUGGACCUGGACAGCCACAACGCCGCCUCCCGCAGGCGCGGCCAGCACCCCUCGGCCGCCCCCGCCGGCUACCUGUACGACCCCCGUACAAUACACCCUGGCAUGCAGCAGGGCGGCGCUCCGCCCCCACACAUGAUGUCCCGGGGCCCCUACCAGAGCCAGGCCUACCCCAGAGGGCCCUAUGCCUCCCAGAGACCCCACCCCCACCUGAUGGAGGCCUUGCAGAGGCCCCAGCAGCUGCCCUACUCCCCGGGGCAGAGCCAUCGCAUGGGCCUGGCCGUGUACAGACACCCCCAGGCCGGUGGGCAUUACCAGGGCAUGAUGGUGCAGCAGAGGGCCCUGGCCCCAGAACACUACCUGCACCCAGGGCAGAUGAUGUGUACUGGGUCUCCUGGUGGUCCCAACAGCAAGCAAGGGUUGUAGGAGGCAGCGUCUGGGUUACGGAAGAAUACAACAAAAACAUCUGAAAUCUGUGCCUGUAUAUCAUCCAUGAACCCACACCAACAUUCGUGCUUCCUCUUAACUGUCAGUGGCUGCGACUGUCACAUCCUGUAUCUUCACUGGAGCGACUGAACUGACUGUUUUCUCUGUCAGUCUGAACUUGUACCAAGGCACCAGGAAGCUGUUCUCUCCGCCAGUCUGAACUUGUACCAAGGCACCAGGAAGCUGUUCUCGCCGCCAGUCAGAACUUGUACCAAGGCACCAGGAUGCUCUGAACUGCAGGAGACUCAGACCAAGGAGCAUGUUUAACGGACAUCAAGAAAGGAGACAUAUUUAUUUGAGCAUCUCUGUCAGGAUCAAGUUGUAGUUGUCUACUGAACCCCCGGUGACGUACACCAUCUAGAGACUUACUGUGUUAUCUAGCCUGUCAUAACGUGUGGAGCGCCAACCGUCAACAAUGCCUGCCCAGCGAACUCUGCUGUGGGCUGACUGCCAGAGAGAGACUGCCUGAUCUCUGUACCACUGACCAUCCUGCUGUCGAGACUGUAGUCAUCCCUCUGUCCUCCUGGGCUGGUCUGUAGGAACACUGGAUACACCGGACUGGCCUCUCUGUGGGAGAACACCAUCCCUCCCUCCCUCCGUAGAUGCAGGGCUCUGAGGCUCUGCUACCCCUUCCACCCCGCUGUGAGAGGCUGUCUCUGGAAGCAGGGCUGAGGGAGGCUGGGUGAGGCUCUCUCUGGAAGCAGGGCUGAGGGAGGCUGGGAAGGAUCAUGGAAGCAGAACAGGAGAACAGCCGGUGGUAUUAUUAUUUGACUUUCUUUUCUUUUCCCAAACGUUUGAAUCUCAGGUGUAGGAAAGGAGGUACUUUGAGACUGUAGACCAGACGCCGUCAUCAGCAGACUCCUGUGGACACACAGGGCCUGCAGUGGCCUUUUGUUUUGUUUUUUGAAUGUACGUGUCAAUGAGUUUAGAUGUAUAGUAACCGUCACUGCACCAAAUGGUAUUCAAGCACCAGAGACGCAAAGGCAAGACAACCGUCCUGAGAAAACAAAAUGGCUGCUUUUUUUGAGCAGGCGCACUGUUAAAAAAACAAAAAACAAAAUGGAAACAAACAACAACCAAGAACCUGGUGUAAUUGUAUGCAUCUGUUGGUGCUGUCUUCACUGAGAGAAGGCUGAUUUAAUAGAGACUUGCAGAGAGAGUUAUACCUGCCCUGUCUGCUAUGCACUAGGAAUAAUUAGUCUACACUUACUGGAAAUUAGUGGCCUUGGAUGUUGAAGAUGGUGCUUGUGUGCCCACGUGUAUAUUUGAACAUAUGUUAAGUACAACUCUCUAGUGUAGCUGGCCUCUGUCUCUUGAGUAGGGAGAAUAUGACCGCUGUCCUCCACCGCUAGGUGUCCUGCUGGCUGAUACAUGCACACACAGUAGUACACAGAGCAAAUAUCAGAUUGAAUCGAUUUAUAAUGGCCCUGCUGUCUUUGAAUUAUUAUUUUUUUUUUUUUUCAUGUGUGCUCCAUUUGCUCCUUCUAACCUGUCAUGCAUAGCAUAACCUGCAUUUGAAUCUGGUUUUAAUCUGGUUUUAUCUGAAUACGAACCCACUGUAGCAUCUCUUCUGAGUUGUUUUUUAAAUAGAGAAGCCCAUCCAUGUGCACAUGGCUCCUUCUCCACAAGUCAACUAACUAAAUACUUUAUCCUCAGGGUGUACAGUUUUAUACGGGUAUUUUAAUGGAUUUGUUGAAGAAGCACCACGACAAGGGAAAUACUAGGACUGGAAAUGUGACAAACAAACAAAAAAAUCAUUUUUAUGUGAAGAAACUGGUUAUACGGCAUCUCUGUGUGUGUGUGCAAAAUGUCAUAAUUUGUUCAGUCCUUACUCACUGCCAAUCUGCUUGGUUUGAGUUUCGCUGUGAAACUGAUCUGUCUGUUUUCUGUCCUUCUGGAGAAGCAGGAGAGGCAGGAGGGGUAACAUGUCAUUAAAGUCCACAUUCCUGUUUUGGUUCAUUUUCAAUAUUGUAGCUAUUGUCCCCCUCCAUUUCCCUGUGUGUACACGGGAUAUCACCUGUCCAUCUUCUGUUCUCCCCUGCCUGUGUUGAAGUCGAGUCUCUCCCCCUCUGUCGUGUCACGUCAAUGUUGCACCUGGGCGCCCCACAUGAACUGUUGGGGAUGGCAGCAAAUUAAUCUACCUCAUGUAGCCAGGAACUGGCAAUCACUAAGACCCUGCUGUCUGGUCUCCCAGCAGACCGAAUCCUCCCUCUCCUCCAUCAUUUGACUUCUAGGGGUGUUUUCACAGACACAGAUUAGGUCUGAUCCUGGAUCAGGACCAGGUCUAGGAUCAGACCUAAUCUACAUUCAUGAAAUGGUCUUGGUCUAACACAUAUACAACCCAUUUCAUAUCUGUUGUAUAUAUUUUCAUAUCUAGUCACCGGUGCCAAACUCUGGCACUUUUUAUGGAGCCUGUGACAAUUCAGCAACUAUUGUAAGACUACAACCAUCCUAAGCAUAGCCCUUGCUGUCCUGUGAUGUUCUGUCAGCAAGGAGCAGGAGGGAAGGCUCUGGGCUGGUUAGUCAUCAGAAAAGGGCUUUUUAUAUUAUUUUUGUAGGUAUGUAAGUUGCAUCUGUUCAGCUAGCAGGUAGCAAGCCUUUGUACCGUAGAGGCAGGUGAGUCUGGAGCAUAGACCUGUGGUCACAGGGUUCGUGUUUAACAACAUGGGUUCGGUGAAGCUUUGUCUAAAAGUAGUAAGCAUUGGAAAAUCUGUGUUCAGAUGUUGUAGUCCUAGACUUGGGCGAACUUGUGUCUGGGGUAGCGACUUUUCAAGUAGUGCCCCCUCAGAUGGGCAUCCAAGGCAUUAAAUACAAAGAUGUUUUUAAGGGGGGGGGGGGUGACUAGGAAGACGCUAGAAGCUUUGAGACGGUAUAGAUGUGUCCUUCCAGUGCUGUAAAAGGAUGUAUUGCUGUUUUGCUUAUUAAGGUUUUAUUUUUAAUUUUUUUGUACUAGAUGAGAUCUUCUCAGAGAUGGUGUUCAGCUGACUGUCCCUGUAUGAAGGGCAGUGUGGUUUUGAUGGUUUGUGAGGUUGUGAUGCUGUCGAGGUGUGCAGAUGUGCCGUGUUUGUGUCCAAAACGGCAUUACUCGCUGCAGUCUGUUCACCUCGUUUGACUCCUCUCCUUCUCUCUGCUGUCACCUGUCUGCACUAGUAAAAAAAGAAAAAAAAAGAAAACGUCUAGAUUGGAUUAAAUGUGAAUCAUAUUUAUUUGCUCUUUUAAAAUGUUGUACAUUUUUUGGGACUUGUUUUUAAUAUAAAUGUGAUGUCUGGUUGUAUUUUUUGUUUUUAAACAGUUGACAUUUACCUCAGUAGCAUGGCAGCAUCAAAAAGACACUGUCUGUUCCAUUUUUAUGUGACGUUUACAAGUUCUUAUCUGACUGACAUAGAUUAUUUUGGAAAUGACCGAAGUAUUUUCUAUACUGUACAUUUCUUAGAAUAAAUAACUUUUUCCUGGA